AUGGCACAAGCUGGACCUUUACCAUCAAAAAAUUCUUUGAAUUUGUCAGAACUUCGUAGUCGGGUUCUAAUUGGCCAACUUCCUGAUGACUUUUUACGCGUUUCCAAGCCAGAAGUGGAUCCUACCAUUCCUCAAAACGUUCAAGAACAACAACAAAAUAUACCUUCAAUUCCCCAACAAGUACCCUACCAAUCUUUUGGACCUGCGGAGAAUUUUUACUCUUUUGUUCCUCCACAUACUCGUGGCCGACUUUCUAUUAAAAUUGUUGAAGCAAAAUUGACCAAAAAUUAUGGACUUCCAGGUGUUCGAAUGGAUCCAUACAUUCGAUUGAGAAUUGGGCAUACUUUAUUUGAAACACCAACUUGCGUUAAUGGAGGGAAGGCUCCACAUUGGAAUCGAACAGUUAAUGCUUAUUUACCUGAAGGAGUUGAAUCAGUUUAUUUGCAAAUAUUUGAUGAGCGUGCUUUCACCAACGACGAAUUAGUUGCAUGGGCACACAUAAUCCUUCCUCAAGGAAUUUUUAAUCGUGAAGUAAUUGAUGAAUGGUAUCAACUUAGUGGACCUCAAGGAGAAGGCAAAGAGGGAGUUAUAAAUUUGGUUGUUUCUUUCUCACAAGUUCUACGUCCACAAAAUCAAGGAGAGGAAACAGCUAUUAUUAACGCUCCUCUAUUCACUGAAGAGGAAUUAAAUGAAUUGGCAGAAAUGUUUCCAACUAUUGAAAGAGAAGUAAUUAAACAAGUUUUGGAAGCUAAAGGAGGUGUUAAAGAAGCUGCUGUAACUGCUUUAUUAGAUAUUUGUGGCUAAAAAAAGAAGGUUAAUUUAAAAAGGUUGUAUAUGAAUUUUCUCAAUUUUACACAAAAUAUGUAAAACAAUUUUAACAUAUUUUCCAAAAAAUAUUUUUUAAUAAAAUUAUUGCUUUUUGGCUAAAGAUCCUAACGGUUCUACUAUAGGAACAUAGGGCGUUUUAGGGGCUUUAAUCAGAAAAAUUGAAAUGCUUGAAAAUGACUCCAGUUUGGAACCAAGAAUGAACCGGGUUGUGUUUUAUUUUCUUUGGAUUGGAAUUUGCAAAGGCGUAGCCAAUUUUGCCUCCUUUCCCAAAUUUCGGGGGAGGGGGGGGCUUCAGCUCCCUGGCUACGCCCUUGGGAGUAGGGGUCGAAAAUUAAGGUUUGGGUCGUGAUUAGGGUUUCGGGUGUGUCAAGUUUAAGAAAAAACUUUUUCUGCCUAACAUAAGCUCUUUUUCUCAACAUGCAUUC